AUGUUCAAUCAAGAGAAAGGUACAGACUACCCAGUUUUGAAUCAGGCAAACCUCGAGGCUUUAGCUGAUUUGAAGCUUUCAGUAAUGGGCCACGAGUUCCCACAAUCGACUAAAAACGUCGAAGCAAUAAAAGUUGUUGAGCCAUUGGUUGACGUCCUCACUGAGGCCGACCAAGAUGUCACUGCUCCCAUCGAUCAACGACUUCAGACAUUUUUGAACUCAUACUUCGCCGAAUGCAAGACUGAGAUUCCAAAGAUCCCAGACAACACUUUCAUUUUGGACCAAGAAGGUCUUGGAAGAGUUUUGUCAUUCCCCCCACACAAAGACGACUUCUUCUGUGAGACCAUGUCCUCAUACAAAAUCAAACAAGGUGUCUUGCACAACCCAUCGAAGGACAAAAGAACAACAGUUGGUGUCUUCCACAUCUGUGAAGGUGAUGUCCCCGUUCCCACUGACAAGAUUGAAUGCCCCAAAUCCGCUUUCUUAAGAAUGUUGAAGGCUGCAUUCUAUGAAGCUCCAGAUAGCCACUUGGUCAUCCCAUACACUGCUGACUGCAAAGCCCCAACCAAAUCAUGGGUGUCACUCUAUAUGAGACCAACAGUCAUUCCAGCUGUUCAAGGUGUUAAAGGUUUUGAGCACGAAAAGAAGACUGAAAUUCACUUCUUUGUUCCAGGCAACAUGGUUUCCUGCUUGGACUUUGUCGAGUCUGUCUUUGGCAAUGCUGGUAACCCCAAGUUGUUGAAGAACGAUGCCGCACUUGACCCAUUGAACUGGACCGGACACACUGGUAUGGCUGUCCUUGCUCCACACUUGACUAAGAUCACUAAGAAGGAAUGUGGUCUUCCACACAUUUCACAAGCUACUGAGAGACAAAAGAAGGAACACAUGUGCUGGGAAAAAGAAGACGAAUUGUACAACGACGGAAAGACCUUCAAGAUGUAUGCCAGAGAUGCUAAUGGAGUCAUUUGCACUAUCAUUGCUGAUAACUACUUUGGCUAUUGCAAGAAGGAAGUUAAGACCCAAAUCUCAUUCUCGGCGAACUUGUAUGGACUUGCCGAAGAAGAACACGCCGGUGGAACUAUUGCGCGACCAUCAUAUGAUCUUGGUGAGUCAUGCAAUGCAGAGAAAUAUGCCGAGGGAUACAAAUUUGAGGAGAUGGCCGAGAAGAAUAAGAACUCGUUGAUCAUGAAAGAAGGGUAUGCCCUUGACAAGCAGUACCCCGAAGGUAUCAUUUAUGUCCCAGGCGAUUCUGUUUUCAAUAUUGAAGAGGCGUCUAUUAAGUUCCAUUUCAACGGAAAGGAGCAAAAGAUCUUAUUAGUCCCAAAGGUCAAUUAUGUCCUUCCUAAUGGGUAUAUCAUCAUCUUACACGACACUAUGACUUCAAGAAGAUGGACUUUGAGAGGGAUUUUGCCACAAUACACACUCUGCCAUAAGCCGUGCACUGUCUCUGGUGGAGGAAAGUCUGAGAUUUCAAAGAGCAUUAAAGACGCUGUGAUUGAGGGAGGAGUCUUCAUCAAUAACAAAGCGGAAGACUAUGCUAAAGUUCAAGAAAUAUUCGACCACGACUACUCAAAGAGAUUUUCAAAUGCUCCAAAGAACGGGGAUGCGGCUGAAUUGAAAAUCCUCGACCCAAAAGUCACACUCGGCGCUGUUGUUGAAUUGUUGACACCAUCAGCUAACUUCACUGAAGAACACAAUACAUAUGUCAAGAACAUCUCACCACUGAUCGUCGAAUUGGUCAUGACUAUUAAGUCGUUGUACAGAGAAGACUGGAAGGGCGACUGGCAAUCAAGAAUCACCGUCGACAAGGUCAACGGGCAACAAGGAAAUGAAUUGUCGUACAGAAAGAAUAAGUUGUCCUCACAAUACCUUAGAGUAGGGUUUGAGAGAGAUGAGACCACUUGGAGAGUCUUCCAGUUAAGAAAGGAUUUCUUCCCAAGCGCUAAAUUGCAGAUGGAAGAUGAUAUCACCGCAUCAGUCAUCGUCCCAACUAAGUUGUUGAAGACUCCAAUUAACGCGGUUGGCAAAAGAGCGUGCAAGAUCGUGAAGAACUGCGAAGUUAGACUCUUCCAAAGACCAGAUGACGCCGUGUAUAGAGGAUUUGAUAAACAAACUGAACACGACUUCUCGAUUGCGGGUCACUUCAUUUCUAAUUACCAACCAAUGACGAGAGAAGAGGCUGCUAAUUUCACAAAGGACGUUGUUAGAUUGUACCAAUACACUGAACCAAUGAGAGUUACUUUACAAGACUUUGUUGCUGGGAAGGAUGAUGUGAAGUACAUUGUCUCCUCGUCACACCCAAGACUUGUGAAGGAAGGUGACCAAUUGGUCCAUUCGAAGAACCCAAGAUACUUGCAGAGAAGACCAGACAUGUUGGACCCAGAGACUACUUACAUGACAUUCAAGGCUAUUCAAUUGUACAGAAAGCUUGCAGACACCGAUCCAUUGUAUACCCCAGUCGACGCUGUUAUGUCUGGAAGAAGAAAUAACCCACCACAAAAGAAGGGCAAUCUUGUCUUAAGACCACUCUCCGUCUUUGCUCCACUCCACUACUUCGAAUUACCAGAAUUGUUGAUGGAAGCUAUCACUUCGAUGACUGGAGCGUCACCAUCUAUCUUCGGCGCGGGAUCUGAAGGCGCUUUGACUAAAGGUCCAUUCAACUCCCUUCCAGCUGUUGUUGAUUUGAACAACUACUUGUUGGGGAUGAUCUGCUGUGGAUACUCCGGAUUUGUUUCCUCAGCGUCAUACUGUGGCCCACAUUACAAGACUGACCACGAUAUCUCUUUGUUGGUCCCAGAAAUUUGGUCUAAGAUGAGAAGAUACGAACAAGAACCAAAGUACUUGAUUGAACACGGGUUCUUGGAGGCCGUCCCAGACGUCUCUUAUAACGGAAAGACUUACGCGGGCAGAAGACUUGGAUACAGAAUUACUCCAGCAUUUGCUGAUCACUUCUUGAGAACGUUGUUCUCUGUUCCAAAUUCCGUCAUGCCAGAAGACAUGUUGAAACCAGAGAAGCAAGACUUGGCUAUCUAUGCUGAUUCAUAUGAAUACAUGUCGCAGACUGAUAAGGGUAUUGCUGGUAAUUAUAUUGAAGAUGGAACUGUAGAAGGUGCUUGCCCACCAUUGAAAGCUUUGUUGUACAUCAUGGCUACAGGAAGUUAUAACGGCAUGACAAUUGAAUCAAAGGAAUUCAGAGCUAUGUUCGAACCAGAGAACGUCUUUUCAAGUGAAUGGUACAAACUCAGAUUACAGACGAGACAAAAGACAGAGGUUGCUAAACUUAACAAGAAUUUGAAAUAUUUGAAGGAUAUGAUCGUCGCUAGACCAAGACUCACUGAAAAGAUUACCGAACAAAUCAAGGAAGUCAAUGAAGAAUUGGCUUACAUUUCAUCUGAACAGUAUUUGCAGGACAUCGACGGAUCAAUUGGAACUGAUCCUUACCUCUAUACCUGCAAGAAACAUUAA